AUGAUUUUUUUGAAUAAUCGUAAUUAUUGUUUCAAAGCCUCUCCUGACGAAAAUCGACAAAUUUUGAUCCAUGGCAUUUUUAAGGCACUACUAGAGGAGUUUCAUUGGACGAUUGUGUCGGAGACAGAGAUUUAUUUGAGCACUAAAACUGUUUCAGAAAAGGGAAUAAGUACAAUAGUUCGAUUGUGUAGCAAAAAAUUACAGCUUGAACCUACAACAAUUCAGCAAAGUCAUAAAAUGAGCAACAAUGAUGAGAUUAGUAAGAGUAAGCCUAAAGUCGGCCGUCAUCGUAUAUAUUCAAACGAACAACGUAAAGACAGAAACCGCCUAGCGCAAGCAGCAUUUCGACAUCGUCGUAGCAAUUAUACGAAAUUUCUUGAGGAGACUGUUACUGGACAUGAAAAACGCAUUCACGAUGUGGAAGAAUUAAGUAGAAAAAGCGAAGAACGAGCGCAACUUGCCGAAUUGCGUUGUUUUCAUUUAGAGAAUGAAGUAGCUCAUCUACGGAAGUUAUUACAAAUUGCUCUAGCGAAUAACGGUAUACAGCAACAAGCAGCGAUAAUGAACAUUCCCACAGAUAAUACAGCUGUACCUUCUCCUGUAAGAGACAACGAAUCAAUAUAUCGCAGCCCUUCCUCAGACUUCUGCUCCUCUGAAUCGAGCGGUUCCAUAUUCUCCAACCCAGAAGAACUUUUCAACCAACGACCAGAUCCAUGUGGAGGCGGUACUGUCUCUGACUAUCAAUUAUUCAUCCCCGUAGCGACACAAGGUUUCAACAAAAUAGCUAGUAGCAAUGUGCUGCUAAAUGCGGGGGGUGAUAAUACAUGUUCUAAGCAGAUCCCUUUGAUUACAGGCGAGUCUUGA